AAGGUCUUAUCUCCACAACCUCCAUUAGCACAUGUGCUCUAACUAUUAACUAUUUGGACUGUUUCUAACACAGGAAAAAGAAAUGAGAGCAAAUGCAAGUGCUGCUUCAAUGGCAGGAACCUUAGAGAAGCGGCUACUAGUUAUGAGUUUUAAUUGUAAAGAUAUACAGAAACAAAAAACAUAUCAACCAUUUCUGAGAGCAAGUUCAGUUGGCAAUGAUGAGAAAUUUUGUUCUGUUCAACUCAAACAUUCUCAUAACUCAAUAAGCCUGCGCGGCGAUUCAUUAAGGGUUUGUGCAAUUAGAAGGAGAAGGGUUCAUGAGAGGACAGAAACUUAUGUACUAUUAGAACCUGGACAAGAUGAGAAGUUUGUGUCUGAAGAAGAGUUAAAAGUUAAGUUGAAGCAUUAUCUUGAGAACUGGCCAAAGAAGUCAUUGCCACCAGAUCUUGCAAGAUUUGAUACCAUUGAUGAUGCAGUUUCUUUCUUGGUAAGUUCAGUUUGUGAACUUGAAAUUGAUGGAGAUGUUGGCACUGUACAAUGGUAUGAAGUUCGUCUAGAGUGACAAAAUUAAUUAAGCUCCAUAUCUCAUAUUUAGUUAACUUAAUAUGAGUAGAUAAAGCUUUAGACUGAGAAAAGUAAAUUGUGAAAUUCAAUAAUUAUUCAAUUAAAAAGUUGUACUGUUUUGAUUAUGAAA